UAUAGAAAAAAACAGAAGUCUGUUUGUCGUCUUAUUUGAACAGCAGAAACUCUCUUCAUUAAUGGAGCAAGAUUUCUUCACAAAUCUACCAUUAGAUAUCAACACUAACAUCCUCUCACGUCUCCCUCUUCGAAGCAUUGCAAUCAGCAAGUGCGUUUGCAAGCCGUGGCUCAAUCUGCUCGAGUCCAACGAUUUCGAAAUCAAAACCCCACCCGCCCUGGCUCGCGUGACGUCGAAUAAUUGGUUGUCACAUUGCAUGAUUUUCGAAAUUGAAGACGAAGAAGAAGCCGAUCUGGACAGCCAUGACCUUCACUACAAUCGGCUCACAGAUUCGAAAAUAUAUCACGGGUCAUCAAUAGCAGGUGUCGCUGCUAAUGGAUCGCUUCUUCUAUUGGUUGUUGUAACCACAUACUCAAAUCCUACAUGUUGUCUUCACAUAUGCAAUCCGAUCACUCGUAAAUAUGUCUACCUCGACUUGCCUGAGGCAUACACUUGUUAUUUGAGUUUUGGAUUUGGUUUGAGCAAAAUAAGCGGGCAAUAUAAGGUGGUAUGUAUCAAUACUUUCUCUGGAUCCCAUCAUGUAUACACCCUCGGAACAGGAACGUGGAGGCGCCUGGAAGAUGGCGCUCCUUCUGGUUUUAAUCUCCCUUCUAUUACGGCACAAUCUGCAUUAAAUGGCAACCCACAUUGGACCUUACGUGAUCCGAAGCAAAGAAUGUGGAUUUGUGGGUUUGAUGUUGAAACGGAAUGUUUUAGCAUAUUCUCUACUCCUCCUCCCAUAGAUGGACGUGGUCGUCUAAACGGGAAGUUGGCUGCUUUGAGGGACUGCCUCUGUUAUUCAUACACAUGGGACGAUGAAAUUGUCAUCUGGUUGAUGAAGGAAUACCAAGUCGAGGAAUCUUGGACCAUAGAGUACAAGUUGAGUACUACUAGGUUUGGUUUUGAUAAGACUAAAAUUCUUUAUGUUAUUCCUAUCAAAAUUUUCAAAGAUGGUGACAUUUUGAUGUUGAUGAAUAGCAACCAGCUCAUCUACUACUCCAACAAGACGAGAACUACUCAAAAGAUUGAUAUGUUUAAGGAUGCAUCUAAAAAGUGUACCUUCGCCCUGAUUUUCACUCCUAGCCUUUUAUCACUCGAGAGUUUUGGGAUCAAGAAUGUGUUGUCGUUCUAG